AUGGAUGUCUCUCCAAAUGUCGUCCCAAUGACCGACAAAAACCAUGAUGCUCCUGCCGACCUGCCAGUCUUACUGGGGCAGAAGGAGCUGGAGGUAGCUCCUCAGACUUGCAGUGAGGCCAACGCAUCGAAGCACGAUACCGAGUCGAAGAAAGGAGGUGGUUGUCCAUGGCAGAUUCCACUGGUCGGCUGGUUCCAGAUGUUGUAUGCCACCUUUGGCUCCUUCAUGCCGCUUGCCAUGUUGUCUUAUGGUUUGCAGCAGAGCUUCGCCAGGAACUCUCAAGACUUUGCGUGCAAGUACUACAUGAUGGAUGAGUUGAAGCUUGAUGGUGCAACCAUUGGGAGGUUGCACACGGCUGCCCUGAUGCCCUGGAAUCUCAAAACGGUGCUGGGAAUGCUUUCAGACAGUGUGCCCCUGUUUGGAUUCCACCGCACGUCGUACCUUGUCAUCAUGUGCAGCCUCUGCAUCCUGAUGUAUUUGUGGAUAGGCUUCUUUGCCUUGUCGACAUCGGCAUUGCUUGUAUGUAUGACUUGCAUCAACUUGGGAAUCGCAAUGUCAGACUUGGUUCUCGAUGCCACUGCUGCCGGCCUGGCAAAGCAACAUCCUGCCGAGGCAUGUGACCUAACAACAUCAUUCCGUGUGUCCCAGGCACUUUGUGGCAUGGCUUCCAGCGGCCUCAAGGGAGUGCUUGUUGCAAGCAUUGGUCCGCGCAGCACAGUUAUGAGCAACAUUCCCUGUUCAUUUGCCGUGCUCUUUCCGGCAUUGAGAAGAUGGCUACCAGAAGAGCGGCUCCCUGCUGCCUGCUGCAGUUUUAAGCCAGAGAAACUUAGUAGGAACUCCAACCUCGCAGCUGCAGCAAUCUUCCUUGCAAUCGUUGCGGUGGCUCUGUCCCUUACACAGAUCUUCAUGCAGGAUUGGCGUGCUAGGGCAACUGUGAUAUGUUGUUGUGGCAUUCUGGUUCUUUGGAUUUCAUACAGCGGCUUGAGAAGCAUUUCUUCCUGCUUAUCCAACACUGCCUCUCUCCUCUUUCUGCGGACUUUUUUGCAACCAGGUUUGGGAGAAUCGAUGUUCGUGUGGAUGUCGAAAGCUGACAACGGCCCAAAGUUUACUCCGCAGCUUUUGGGCAUGGCAGACUGCUUCGGCUUUGUGGGCUUAUUCCUGGGUGUCCUAUUCUUUAACAGGUUCUUGAGACGGUGGAAGUAUCGAAGCAUCUUUUUGCUUGGGCAAUCUCUGUUAAUCGUCAGCCAGUUUCUGGACCUGAUCUUAGUGAUGCGAUGGAAUAAGGUGCUGGGAGUUCCCGAUUUGUUGUUCUAUCUCGGGGACGAGACCUUUGACCAAGCUGUUACAAAGACGCUUUAUCUUCCCUUGGCCGUGCUGGCGUACAAGGUAUGCCCAUCAAACCUGGAGGCAACAAUGUUCGCCAUGCUAAUGACAACCCAGCACAUCGGAAUGGACUGUGGAAAAUAUUUGGGUGUUGCGUUGGCAGAGUUUUGGGGCAUUGUUGAUGGAAACUUCGACUACUUGCCGCAUGGUGUCAUCUCGAAGGCUGUGAUUCGCCUUCUUUCGCUUCCGUUCAUAGUGAUUCUGGCUCCGACUGUCACGCCUGACGAUCCAAUUGAUUCAUCUUCGCACCACCAGGGCGCGCAGGCGAGAGAUAGCUCCCAGCACAAUUGA